GCCUAAAGAUGCACCGAUAUAACUGCCAUCAACCUAUUACCAUCAAUGAUCAUAGAUACAUCGGUAGUAGCACAUCGAUAUUGUAGAGGAGAAAUCCCUAGUCUUCCCUAUACCUUUCAACAGUCUGUUUUCACGUCGUCGGAUGUUUCUCCUUAAUUUUCCACCAGCAGUACUUACAUGUUACAUUAAAUUUCAAAGAUGGCCGCAAUAAAGUUUGGACCUCACUUAAAAGAAUUACGAAUUCUGUUGUGUCAAACAUCAAAGUCUAGUCAGGGCGUUCGAGACUUUAUUCAACAACAAUAUGUAUCUCUUAAAGCAAAUAACCCGCAGUUUCCAGUUUUAAUUAGAGAAUGUUCUUCAAUAGAACCUUCUUUAUAUGCACGAUAUGAAUUUGGUAUAGAACAUUGUGUUCCUCUACAAAAUUUAAAAUCUGACGAAAUACUUCAACGAAUUCAAGAAGUUGUAGCUAGAACACCAAAAUAA